AUGGCUUCAUCACUGGUUGAUUGCAACACGGAUUUCGAUGUCGGUGCGGUUCGCGGGAAAACUGCGAUUGUCACUGGCGGGGCGCAAGGAAUCGGAGAAUCCUACGUCAGAGCUCUCGUUAAUGCGGGCGCAUACGUCGUCAUCGGCGACAUCGCCUCCAAACCAGCCGAAAAGCUAGUCUCCGAGUUCCCAGACCAACUCCACUUCGCCAAAUGCGACGUCACCCAAUGGCCGGACCAAGUCGCCCUCUUCCGCGCCGCGCGCACCUUCUCGCCAACCUCGCUCAUCCACAUCGUCGUCGCCAACGCCGGCAUCAGCACCAGCGUCGACAGCAUCUUCGCGACCAACGAAGAAUCUCUCGACGCGGAGCCCGCUGAGCCCUCGCUCGCCAUGGUCGACGUCAACUACAAGGGCGUUCUCUACACGACCAAGCUUGCCCUGCACUGCUUCCGCCGCCAGCACGCGGCUGCCCUCGCCGACGGUGCCCCGCCGCCCGAGACGAGUCUCGUGCUGCAGGGGUCCAUCGCGGCGUAUUUGGAUGCGUCGACGUUUUGCCAGUAUGCGUCGGGGAAGUGGGCGGUGCGUGGGCUGAUGAGGUCGCUGAGGCGGGUUGUUGGCGCGCAUGGGACGAGGGUGAAUACGAUUUGUCCUUCGUUCCUCAGGACGGCGCUGGUUCCGCCGCAGCUGAUUGAACACCUCGACGCGAAUGGUAUUGCGCUGGCGUCCGGUGAAGACGCGGGGCAGUGUCUGCUGCGUAUCGUGAGCGACCGCGAGAUGAAUGGGCGGGCACUGUGCGUUCUGGCUAGGAGCUUGGUCAAGCAGGCACCGAGGGGGUACUACGAUAUGGACUCGGAGGGAAUUCUUGAGGGUCCCUGGCAGAAGAUAUUUCAGUAG